AUACGAUACGAUAUUUAUUCCAUAAAAUAAAAUGGGACCCAUUACAUUACAUUUUUAUAUCAUAUAUAUUUUUCUUAAAGAAAUUAAAAGAAGAGUGUAAGAAAGAAAAUUGCAGAUUCUCGUUUUCUGACAACAACAUUAUCUGUGUGAUUUUCUUUUCUAUUCUCUUCUUUUGUGGCGUUUACGUCAAGAAGGAUUUGAAAACAUUGCAAUUUCUCACAUUUCAGAUUCCAAAGUUUGAAAUUUUCUCCCAUAAUUUCUCACCCAGAUAAGUUUUCAUUCUUGGGUUUUUUUUUUGUUUUUCAUUUUCAUCAAUCUCUAUCUACAAGGGAAUUUCAUUCUCAUUCAAAUCUGAGUUGGGUUGUUCUUUUCCUCUCUCUGAGUUGGGAUUUGUAUCAUCAGAAACAAAUCCCGAUUUAGAGAGAUGGGUAUGUUUGUUUGUUUUUUUUUUCUCUUCAAAUUUUUCAGAUUCUAGCCAUUAUCAUCAUAAUGACCAUAACCUAGUUUAUUCAUUCUUCACUUAUACAAUACAACUUUGAGCUUGUUUCAUUGUAACAACCACUGUUUUAUAUUGUUUUGGUUAUGUUGUAUCAAUUUGAUUGUUGAACAUGUUCUUGAGUUGAGUUGAUUCAACUAUAAGUGUUGUGGACUAGGAGGGCUGGGUUCAAAAUGGGGAGGAAAAAGAAGCAAGUAGGAGAAACAAGUGAAGAAAAUGGGAAUCAUAAUAAGGUCGAGGAUAAAAGCUCGAAUGCAUAUGAUAAUGAUACUAUGAUAUUUAUAUGUAAGGCUCACGAGUUGAAGGAAGAAGGAAACAGGAUGUUCCAAAAGAGGGAUCUUCAAGGAGCUAUGGUAAAGUAUGAGAAAGCACUCAAAUUGCUUCCGACAAAGCAUAUUGAUGUGUCAUAUGUGCGGAGUAACAUGGCUGCAUGCUAUAUGCAGAUGGGACUUGGUGAGUACCCUAGGGCGAUAAAUGAAUGUAAUUUGGCUCUUGAAGUUACUCCGAAAUACAGUAUAGCUUUGUUGAAGAGAGCGAGGUGCUAUGAGGCUUUGAAUAGACUGGAUUUAGCAUUGACUGAUGUUAGUGCUGUUUUGAGUAUGGAGCCGAAUAAUAUCAUGGCAUUGGAGAUCUCGGGUAAGGUGAAACGGGAACUUGAAGAUAGAGGGUUAAGAGUGAACGAUGCGCAAAUUGAGUUGCCUCCGGAUUAUGUUGAACCUCCUUUUGCCGUGCCUUCUGAAAAGGUAGCGAAAGAAAAGAAACACAAGAAGAAGAGCAAAAAAGAGAAGGUCAAGGCUACUGAUGAAAUUUUAGCGAAGCAAGCUGAGGAGAAACUUGAAGAGAAGAAAGACGAGGACAAUAUUGAAGCAAUUGAGGCGGAGGGCGGUCACAAAGAUAAAAAAAAGGCUAAUAAAUCUAAAAAGAAGGCGGCCAAGGAAAAAAAAGAAAAAAAGAAAGAUGAUGUUAAAGAGGUCAAUGCUGAAAAAUGUAACGGUAGAAGUGAAGAUGUACCUAAGAAAACAGCAAAACUUAUUUUUGGCGAUGAUAUAAGAUGGGCUCAAUUGCCGGUUAAUUGCAGCCUCUUUCAGCUAAGAGAAGUUAUUUGUGACCGGUUCCCGAGCUUAGGAGCAGUUCUUGUCAAAUAUAGAGAUCAAGAAGGUGAUUUGAUCACAAUCACUUCUGAUGAAGAAUUGAAGUGGGCUGAAACAGGAUUGCAGGGUUCUGUCCGACUGUAUAUAGUAGAAGCUAAUCCUAACCACGAUCCAUUCUAUCAGAAACUUCAUGUGAAGGAUGUUGAAAUUGAUAAUGCUGCUACGAAUGGUUGCAUGAUGAAAUCAAAGGAAAUUAUUAUCUCAUCUUGUAUUGAGGAUUGGGUAAUUCAGUUUGCACAAUUGUUCAAGAGCCACGUUGGAUUUGAAUCUGACAGAUACUUAGAUUUUCAUGAACUCGGGAUGAAGCUCUAUUCAGAAGCUGUGGAAGAGACUAUUACAAGCGAAGAAGCGCAAGGCCUUUUUGACAUGGCAGGAGGAAAAUUCCAAGAGAUGACAGCUAUAGCAUUGUUCAAUUGGGGAAAUGUGCAUAUGUCCAGAGCAAGGAAGAAAGUCUAUUUAACCGAUGAUUCUUCUAAAGAGCAUAUGCAUGAACAAAUAAAAAGUUCAUAUGAAUGGGCGCAGAAUGAAUAUGUAAAAGCCGGAGAAAAAUUUGAAGCAGCCAUUAAAAUUAAGUCAGAAUUUUUUGAAGGCUUCCUUGCUCUAGGUCAGCAGAGGUUUGAACAAGCGAAACUUUCUUGGUAUUACGCACUAAGUAGUAAUAUAGAUUUAGCAACAUGGCCCUCCACAGAGGUUCUUCAUCUUUACAACAGUGCUGAGGAGAAUAUGGAGAAAGGAAUGCUGAUAUGGGAAGAAUCGCAAGAGCAGCAGCUGAGUGAAACCUCCAAUAUUGGAUUGGACAGGCUAUUUAAAAAUAUGUCAUCGGGUGAAACUGCUUCACUGGUGGCAAACAUGAGGUCUCAGAUAAAUCUCUUGUGGGGUACCAUGCUAUACGAACGCUCGAUUUUGGAAUUCAAAUUAGGGCUACCAGUAUGGCAUGAGUCUUUGGAAGUUUCAAUUGAGAAGUUUGAACAUGCAGGAGCUUCUCCAACGGAUACAGCUGUAAUGUUGAAAAACCACUGUUCAAAUAACACUGCUGUAGAAGGUCUAGGUUUCAAAAUUGAUGAAAUAGUACAGGCAUGGAAUGAGAUGUAUGAAGCUAAAAAGUUGCAGAAAGGAGUUCUGUCCUUUCGCUUAGAACCCUUGUUCAGAAGAAGAGUAUCAAAAAUAUACCACGCCUUUGAGCUUGUAUGAAUUGCAUCCUUUAUGCAAGUUGUUGAAGAUUAACAAAGUCAACACUCACAUAGGUUGAUUCUGUGCCUAAAAUGCCAUUGUCUACAUAAAGGUUUAUUUUGCUAUUUUCUGGAGUGUGGUUUCGAGUUCAACAUUGUUGUUAUAGAAAAGAAGGAAAAAAACUAUUCUCUGCAUUGUGCUUGAUUAGGUUUUCGAAGAAUGUAGGAGAUUGUGAGUUAAUUUACAGGUUGGGAAGAUAGAGAUGCAGGAAUUGCUUUUAACUCAAUUUCUGCCUUUGCUCACAUUGCCUUCCCUUUUAUGGUUAGGUUUAGGAUGAUUUGAUUUUAUACAGAAAGCAGUGGGAAAUGUAUUAGUUUGUGUUUUUUCCUUGUUCUGUAAUUUAUCCAUUUGUAAACUACUUGUUGAGUUAGUGUUUCUUUGUGAAA